CUCCUCCUCCUGCUACCCGUACUGACGAAAACAUGGCGGCGCAGACGGACCGCGGUGUCCCGCUAAGUACGCUUUGUCCUAAGUUUCUUCAUACCAACUCCACCAGCCACACCUGGCCCUUCAGUGCCAUAGCUGAGCUCAUAGACAAUGCCUAUGAUCCAGAUGUCAAUGCCAAACAGUUCUGGAUUGAUAAGACUGUGAUCAAAGGACAAGAAUGCCUCACCUUUAUGGACAAUGGGAAAGGACUGGACCAUGACAUGAUGCAUAAGAUGCUCAGCUUCGGAUACAGUGAUAAGACUGCUGUAAAUGGUGUAGCGCCAAUAGGUAUCUAUGGCAACGGCUUCAAGUCUGGAUCCAUGCGUCUUGGCAGAGAUGCCAUCGUCUUCUCCAAGUCAAAGAGCACUUCGUGUGUUGGGAUGCUCUCUCAGACCUACCUGGAAGAGAUCGAAGCCAAGCAAAUUAUUGUGCCAAUUGUCUGCUUUGGACAGACAGAAACAAACAAACUCUCCGUGCAGGAGGAGCACAAAGCUAGUCUGCAGGACAUCCUGCGCUAUUCCCCUUUUAAAAAACAGGAGGAGCUUUUCACUGAGCUCGAAGUCAUUGGUCCCCCCUGGUCCACAGAAAAAACUGGCACACGGAUCAUCAUCUGGAAUCUCCGCAGGACAUCUGCUGAAACAGUAGAGUUUGAUUUUGAGAGGGACCGGUACGAUAUCCGAAUUCCAUCUGAUGUCUACGAGGCUGGGAACAACACUUCCCAACAUCCAGCAUCAUCCAGCAGCAGCCCAACAUCAUACAUCCCUGAGAGUGUCUAUUCACUGAGGGCAUAUUGCAGUAUUCUGUACCUGAAGCCUCGGAUGCAGAUCAUCAUACGUGGUCAAAAGGUGAAAUCUCAGCUUAUCGCCAAGAGUCUGGCCUACAUCAGGAAGGACCACUACAAGCCAACUUUCGUGAUCAGACGCAUCCCCAUCACUUUUGGGUAUAACACGAAAAGUAAAGACCAGUAUGGCAUCAUGAUGUAUCACAAGAAUCGGCUCAUCAAAGCCUACGAACGUGUGGGCUGCCAGCUUAAGGCCAACAACCAAGGCGUCGGGGUCAUCGGGGUAAUAGAGUGUAACUUUUUGGAUCCUACCCACAACAAGCAGAGCUUUAUUGAGACAGAUAAGUACAGGAAAACUAUGACCAAUUUGGGGAUCAAACUGGAAGAGUACUGGAAAGAAAUGCGCUACAGAAGGAACAAAGACAAUCCAAACAGCACCACGCCAGUGGAAGAUACCAUGAAGCGACCUGAUCAAAACUGGGUGCAGUGUGAUGACUGCUUGCGUUGGCGCAAACUCCCUGAUGGGAUUGACUGCAGCAAGCUGCCAGAUAAAUGGUUCUGUUGUAUGAACCCUGAUCCUCAGUUCAGGAGCUGCCAAGUAGAAGAGGAGCCGGAGGACUCUGAUGAUGACCGGCCUUCAUACUGCAAGACCUAUAAACAACAAGAGAAGGAAGAGAAAAAGCAACAAAAGAAAAGGCAAAAAGAUGAGGAGGAUCGAAGGCGUCAGGAAGAGCAGCGUCUGGCUAGUCUUGCCAGGGAAAACCAGGCUCUUAUACAGCGGCAGGAAGACCUGAAGCGGCAGCUGCAUCAAACAACUGUCCAUUCCCCCCUGACUCCCACUGCCCCAAGGAGUAGGUUCAUCACUGAGUCACUACAAGGGGGUGCUGCGAGGGCUGAAUCCUCCUCACUGAGAUCCUCCACCAUUUCACAAGCUGCUUGCAGUCCAUCCAGUAGCAACGGUCUUCCACUUAUUUCUAAUGUAUGCUCCCUGUCACCAAGCCAUACCAUGAGCAGGGGAAAAAGAACACAAGCUGUUACUCCACAAAGAAUGCCUAAAAGACCUCGAGUAAAUGGCGUCAGUAGGAGAACCUUAAAUACACCCUCAUCAGUGGAUGUGAGCCCACUGUGCUCCUCAUCCGCGCCUGAUGACGAUGAUGAUACUGAUGAUGACCUUGUCAUCUUGGAGACUGCCAGUACGCCCAAGCCACAAAAACCAAGCGUUGAUUUGAAUAAAGUGAAGGUGGAGCAAGAGUCAACUGACAUGAAUGUCUGCAUGCUGUUGGAGUCUAGCGAUGACGCCGCUGUUGAUGUCACCUCAGACAAGAACACUGCAGGAACAAGCUCUACAGGGUCAGAAGCUGUGGGAACCAGUCCCUCGUCAGCACCUCCCCCAGAGGUGACCAGCACCACCACCCAAACAGAAGUACCCAAAGUGAAGAAGGAAGAAAUACAAUGUCAAACUGAAGGGAUUGGGAAAGCAGAGGAGAGUACAUAUAAUAACGAUGACACAGAGCAGACUUCACACAUGACCACUGAUGUCUGCAGCACUGAGCAGAGAGUAAUUAAGGAAGAGAGUGAGGAAGACAGUCAGAGUCUCCUUGAAGACCACAUCCUGCAGAAUGGAGUGGCGCACCCUCCAGAAGAUAAUGAGGCUGCAGGACCUUCCUGUGCAGAUGCGGUAGAUAUAAAACACUCUUCACUUCACCCCCCCAGUAUUACUGAGGUACAGGAACAACAAGACCAGCUUCUGGAGCUCAUGCAGGAGACUGCUCAGGAGAGAGACUCCUAUAAAGAGCAAGUCCAUAACCUUUCCUGCCAGCUGCAAGACAUGCAAAGCAGACUGCAGGAGCUGUCUGAGAUCCAUGUAAAGAAGGAGUGCUCUCACCAGGCCAGCCAGACGGAGGAGACCAAGGAAAUGGAGGGAAGGGAUGACUACAAAUAUCUGUUUGAGAAGGCUAAACAGAAAGUUGAUGAAUUGAUUAAGGAGAAAGAGGCUUUACUGGCAACUGCGGACAACAAGCCCAGUACUAGUCGAGGUGAAGAAGAGGACACUGAUGACAUCGCACUGCAGGUUGACUAUCUGAUGCGGGAACUGGAUCAAAGAAACAUGGAGAGAGAUGAACUGCGUUCACAGUUGGACAGUCUGGAGCAGGAAAAGGAAUACCUGGUAGCCCAGUGUGAAGAGCUCAGGCAGCAGCUGAGGGAAAAAGCACAGAAAGAAAGCACAACUCCACCAAGAGCCACUGAUUCUGCUGAACAAACAGACACAGAGGAGGGAGAAGGGACUUCGAUCUCUGGCACAGAUUCAAGCUCCGAUACAUUCAGAAGUCUGAUCGAGCUUCGGCAGAACAUUGGGCGCCUUCUCAUCACCUACGUGCCUGCUCUGGACCUGGGCCAAGUGAAUUAUGAAUGUAAUGUAAUUGAUGAAAUCCUAGACCAGGUUCUCUCUGAUGAGUCUUUCGGAGGAUUUGGGCAGCGGGACGUAGCACAAAAUGAAUGAACAAAUCAUCAAAUUCUUGACUUAAAUGCUGCACUACAUCUGUAAAUAUUUAAUGCAGAUUCCCAAGAGUGGGGGAAAAUAAGUCAUAUUUAUUACAAGAUAUGUACACGUUUACAGAUGAUUUUUUAAAGAAGAAAACCAAUAUAAACAGUACAACCAUAGCAUACAUAAAACACAUACAGUACAUAAUGUUAUGGACCAUACACUUUGAUCAUAAACUCCUGAGUAUAAUCAAAAAAGUAAAUGAUUCAUGAGUUAAGUGCGAGAUGAUGUUGAUACAUUCAUGGCAGUGUAAUAAACCACAUCAUUGGCUUGUAUUAAGGUUUUUCAAACAAAACGCAUCAAAUCAUGUAGUUGCUUUGACAAGACUGUGGCUCUGCAUCUAAUUCUGCUUCAUAGUAACACUUGUUUUCUUUUUGGUUUGUAUAUUUUGUAUAUAUAUUCUGUCAAAUCUAUUUUUGUAUUUCCUGUCAGUGAUGAAAGACUGCAGCACAUUAUCAUUGGUACACUUGUGAACUAAGAUAGGGAGGGCAAUGAGCCUUUCUGUAUGUUUCUGAGUGAUACAAACUGAAACUUAACUGGAAGAGUUAUCACAAGUGUCUUUGAGGCAUUGAACAUAUUGUGCCUGUUGAGCAACGUCUUAAUAGGCGACCGUUAUAGAGAACUGAAUCGGCAUGUUGUAUCUGCAGGCAAAUAGUCCGUUCUCUCUGAUCUGAAAGUGAGUGGUGGUAAAUAGUCAUUGCCAUGAGUGUAGAGAUCUCUAUAAACUAGUGUAUUAAAGAUGAUGAUUAUAUUUUUCUUGAAAAUGCCAGCAGUUCAGUCCAACAAGUUUUUGAAGGGACACUGAACAAAAUGUUUCGCUGGCUUUUGGGAGACUGAAUUUCCAACAAAGAAAAGAAAGUUAUGUAUUACUGCAGUAAUUACUUCUUGAAUAAGUUUCAUUGACAAAUGAAAAUUUCCCCUUAAUAAGAGAAGUUUGUUAUACUUUGGGCUUAAAAUAUUUUUUGAAUGUACAAGGUUAGUUUAGGUAGUUUUCUACCAGUACUUGAAAGAAGUGUUUCUUAAGAUACAUUGAUCUGCUUUAAAAGCAGAUAAAUUGAGGGUAACUUAGUCAUUUUUAUUUUAAUACAGUUUGAGGUUCUCAUUUUCUGUUAGGCUACUUUGUACUUGUAUUCCACUGUUUUCCAGUUGAAUGCUGGUACAUUUGUUUUGUUAGUUUGUUUGCAGAUUUAGAUUAUUAAUGCAAAACAAUCAACAAAUGCAUGAAUAAAGGGAAAAAGGACCUAUUCUUAUAACAUACUGCUUGAACUGUUGCAUCACCACUGUUUACAAGAGAGAGCUUGCCAAGUAAAGUAAUUUACAUUUAAUCAAUAUUGAUAUGAACAGGUAGAGAGGAAUUGUAAAUUACACUCCAAAAUAUCCAUUUAUUCGCACAUUUCAGAUAAAUAGCAAAACGGAUGUAAUAAACAUGGAGACAGAAAGCUGUUUCCUCAGAUUCAUAUAACGACAGAUACUAUUGCUUUUAACCUGAAACUUGAACGUGUGUAUUAGUCUUAACGCCGUUUGAAUACGAAUGUAAAAUUUGUGAAACCUUUAUUUUAUUUAUGAAAGCAAAACAAUUCAUGAUAAUAAAUACUUUUUUAAAUGGAA